GGUGUGCUGUGAGCACUGGGAGCCAGGGGCAUUGCAGUCAUCCAGCUUGAGGGACCUGUGCUGAGUUUGAAAUCUGGAGCAGCUUGGACUGUCUGAGGAACUCUGUGUAUGAGCUGUCUGCACCCUCUGGAGCUUCCAUCUCUCCCACGGUGGCACCUGGCACCUCUGGAUAAAGCUGUUCAGAUCCUUAUAAGAACUUAGGCUGUGAAAAUCCAACACUAGCUGAAAGGUAUAGCAAGAGAUUAAAAACCUACUGGGACUUACAAGUUUUACAAACCAGGUUUCUGCAGAAGAGGAAGAAGGGGUUUCAUUCCCAAGAGCGGAUGUUGGGUGGCGUGUCACAACGGGAGCCACCCUGUUAGAUGUCCUCGAGGUCUUUCCCAGGACAUGCCAUCACACAGCUGGACACUCCUUGGGACUGCCCUGUCCUGCCAAAGGGGACCUGACUAGUUCCUGCCCUGCCUGGAGAGCCGUGUCCCUGUGCUGCCACAGCUUCCGAGUUGUUCCUGUGCAAGUGGGCUGAGGAACAGCCGGGAGCCGGAGGGGCUCUGCCGCAGAAGGAGGUGCUUGGUGCCAGCCAUGUGCCCAGCUGGGUGGCACCCCCAGCCCCCCGAGGCCGUGGGCCUGUCUCAGUAGCCCCCCCGGGAUCUGCUGCCCCGCGCCGUUGAUGUUGAGCGUGUUGUGUUUCAGGGUGCUGAGGAAAAUGCAGAGGCGGCACAGCAGCAACACGGACAACGUGCCUCCGGAAAGGAACCGGAGCCAGACGGUGAGUUCCGAGACCAGCGUGGAUGAGAGCGGUGUGUUCGAAAGCCUCAAGGCCGAGGCCUCCUCCCCUCAGCAGCUCUUCUCGGGGCUGGCCGGGAUCCCCUCGGGCACCAUCACGGCCGCGCCCUUCCAGUCGGGGUUGGUGCUGGGCUCCUCGGUGGGAGGCGGCGAGGUGUUCAUCCAGAUGCCGGCCCCGCGGGAGGAGGGGGCCGGCCGCGCCGAGGGAGCCCCGUUCCACCACCACCGCCAGCCCUCCCACCACUUCCACCACGGCCACCACCGCGGCUCCUCCCUGCUGCACAUGGCGGGGGGCGACCGGCACGGCCACGCCGAGGAGGGCCCGGACGAGCAGGGGGGCACCCCGGCCCCGGCCCUCUCAGAGCUGAAGGCCGUCGUCGGGUGGCUGCAGAAGGGGCUUCCCUUCAUCUUGAUCCUCCUGGCUAAAGUUUGUUUCCAGCACAAGCUUGGGAUUGCUGUGUGCAUUGGCAUGGCCAGCACCUUCGCCUACGCCAACUCCACGCUCCGAGAGCAGGUCGCCCUGAAGGAGAAGAGAUCAGUGCUGGUUGUGUUCUGGAUCCUGGCCUUUCUCACUGGAAACACCUUGUACUUGCUUUACACAUUCAGCUCUCAGCAGCUCUACAACAGCCUGAUCUUUCUGAAGCCCAACCUGGAGAGGCUGGACUUCUUUGACCUGAUGUGGAUUGUGGGCAUUGCAGACUUUGUGCUCAAGUACCUCACCAUCGCCCUCAAAUGCCUCGUGGUGGCCCUGCCCAAGAUCAUCCUGGCUGUCAAGUCCAAGGGCAAGUUUUACCUGCUCAUCGAGGAGCUGAGCCAGCUGUUCCGCUGCCUCGUGCCCAUCCAGCUGUGGUACAAAUACAUCAUGGGAGACGAUCCCUCCGGCAGCUACUUCCUGGGAGGGAUCCUGAUCAUCAUGUACAGCCUCUGCAAGUCCUUUGACAUCUGUGGCCGUGUGGGAAGUGUCAGGAAGGCACUGAAGGUCCUCUGCACCCCCCAGACCUACGGGGUCCGUGCCACCAGCCAGCAGUGCAGCGAGGCAGGAGACAUCUGUGCCAUCUGCCAGGCAGAGUUCAGGGAGCCUCUGAUCCUCCUGUGCCAGCACGUGUUCUGUGAGGAGUGCCUGUGCCUGUGGUUCGACAGGGAGAAGACGUGUCCCCUGUGCCGCUCGGUCACCGUGGAGACCCUGCGCUGCUGGAAGGAUGGCACCACCUCUGCCCACUUCCAGGAGCCAACGGAACAGUUGUCACCGGCCGGGAACUCCGUCCUCAAAGGCAAGGAGAUGUGGUUUGUGCCUUGAGCUACAGCCGAGGAUUUUCCUGGAGCUGACGUGGUUAUGAACUGCCUGGGAUGUUUCCUGCUUCCCUGUCCUUUUAGUGUGGACAAAUCCCACGUGGACAAGGCAAGGGAAGAGUGGAUUUCAUGGCUAUGACCUGAUGUGCUGCAGCAAAGCUGUGCCUGGCUCGGGCCUCUGCUGAGGUGUCUCACGUUAUAUGGCCCCAGAUUCCCUGGAUCCAUAGCUUUUUAGGAUGACACAGUGGCUGUUCCAGAACCUCUGGGAACUCUCCCCAAGCAGGGCUUCAGAACCUUGUGUCCAAAAUGUCACCUGGGGCUGGAGAAAUGGCAUUUCCCAGCAGCCACGUGUGUGCAGUUGGUUCCACCGAUGGCACAACUGUGGCUGCAAGCGUAAUAGAAUCAGUAAAAAGUCGGGAAAGACCAGGCAAGUGAAG